UGCCAGCCUCUUAUGCAUGAGCAGUGUUAAUUCAUACCAGAAUUAAUGCAGCAGAACUUGUUUCCGUUACUUGUUUGGAUGCUAGAGAAGUCUGACUUGUCUGCACGGACUGCUUUGCCACCAGCGGCGUCUCACUUGCUGUCUGCACUGCCUGAGUACCUGCAUCUGUUCGCUUGUUACCUUUCCACUGCCUGUCAGUGGGAACAGAGUUUCUUGUCCGGCAUUCCUUGCCCGAGCUCCUCUUGUAGGACCCUCUGCAUUCCUCCUUGAUGAUUUCCUUUGGUUAUGCUUUUGCUUCCAUGCUUGUUCUUCACUUCUAGUUUCUUCCUGAUCUCAGGUUCAUUUUGAUCAAAGUAGGUUGAGGCAGUCAGUCUUCCAUUGCUUACAAAAGACCCAAAGUUUCAACUUCAUUUACCUGUUUACGUAUCAUAUGAAAUAAAGGCGCUCCCCUGGGCGCACGUACUGCAGUCUCAUCACCGCACGGCGAGUCUGCAUCUGAAUCAAUUCCUUCAAAAUUCAAGAGCAAACUUUUCCCGAAUGCCUUGAAAUCAGGCUGUGCCCCCACUGUGUCAGGGAAAAUCUCCUCUUCAGAUUAUUAGUUUUUUAUUCUCUCCUUGGCAAAAUUAUCUGUUUUGAUUAUUGCAGGUAUUAUUAUUGUUAUUGCCUCAUUUUUCAGAAAUAGGGGUAUUAGACAGAAUGUUGUGAGACAAAUUUUUACUGUUUGAGCGAUUAAAUAGAAAGGAGAAUUUUGCAGUAUUUACUGAGAGCUGUUGGGUUUUGGGUUUAUUUGAUCUUUCUGAAAACAUGAAUUCCUUUGCUAAGGUCGCUUCGCCCUUUGCUCUCGUGUGUUCCAUCUUGCCUUUGUUCUCCGCCAUGCUGCCGGCUCAGGAGGUCUCUUCUUCCUUUUAUGUCAUGCAGAUGGGGUCCCUCUGCAGUGUCAGAGCCGGUAGCGGUCAGAAGCCUCAGGUGUGACACUGCGUCCUGCCGGAGUCAUUUGUUACACCUCUGCUGAGCGGUUCUUCUUGUCAGAAGGCCGCAUUUCUGCCCAUUGCUCGUUAGAUUUCCCUCACUCCCGGGCUGUGGAUCGGGGCCUUACACACUCUAUCUGUGGGAAGAGGGAUUUUUGCACAGGCUUCAUCAUCCUUCGCUGUCAUUUUUUCCCCCUCUGCUCUAUUUCCGGAACUUUUAUGGAUAAAUACAGCUUUAAUGACCUCCUGCACGCUCCUAUGUUUUUUAUUAGUGUGUUUUGGACAUUUUGGGCUGCCUUUAUGACAUCUCCCUCUGGGUAUCUGGUUGUUUUCAACUCUUCUGACCCAAACCAAAUUAUUAAUCUUCGUGCUGGAUGCUCCUCGGUUUCUGUCCUGGAGGCUCUACGUCAGCCUCUCUGUCGGCAUCCCUUCACUGGAUGUUAUCUUUGUCCUUUGUCUUUUUUUUCCUCCUUUCUUUCUCAAAUAGGUAUCUUCAUGUAGAGCCUUGGGAAGAUCCAUGUAUUUUGUCAAAGCUCUUGCCCAGACUUGUGUCCUUUUGCGACUCAAUUGCAGAAAUCCUCUCCUCUCUGGUGCUCGCACUGAGGCCUUUGCAGUGUUACCUUCACACAGGAGGCAGCUGAGGGGUUCGUUUUCUUGUGUGGUUGUUCUGACCCUUUUAAAUCUGUUUCCCUGUCCUUUCUCUGUGCCCACUUUUUCUUCCUUCCAAAACGAGUCUUUUUGAAUUCCGUGCACAAGCUGUGCCAAUAGAAGACCAUUCUGUUUCUUGGCUAUUGGGUCUUUUCUGUAUUUACCAUAUACUUCUCAGUUCAUAUCACCUUCUUUGUAUAGGGAUCUAGUUCUUUGCUCUCUGUGUCGUGCUUGGGAAGCUCUUCCUCUAAACAUAAGUCCUUAAUAAGUCUUUUCUUAUGGUUCCUGCUAAUCUCUACACUUUAAUAGUCAUUAUACCUCACUGCUGUUAAUGUGUACAAACCUGCACAUCACUUGUGUGACUCCUUUUUUGAUCCCCAUUCUUACUGUGUGGUUGUUCACCUCUCAUAGAGUUUGACAGUAAGUUGAGGAGCUGUCUCACGUGAAACAGCAUUUAGAACAGUGAAAGAAGGGUCUCAAAGCAUACCGUGAUGUAAACAUACUUAAUACAGAAAUUAAAUAACUGAAAAUAGGUUAAAAGACACAUCUGAUGUCCCAAGGAUGUAUAUGGAGUGUUUAAUAUUUAGUAAAGUUAUGGGAAAAGGGGUGAGCAAUGACUUUGAUAAAUAAAUUUUGCACCUCCUCGUAUACUGCAGGGUUUAAAUGAGCUGUGACCAUCCAGGAGGAAGACUCAGAUGUCUUUGCAGGCUGCCUACUAUGUGGCAGCAGCCACUGCUACUAAGAAAGCAAAUUAAAUAUUAACUUCAUUAAGAAGUGGGACAGGGGGGUGGUGCAGAAGAUGUUGUAAAUCAGUUGGAAUGUACUUAGAAGAAUGUAUUUUUUUCAUGUUGAUGGUUUGCAUGACAAAUAAGCAAAAGGAGGAGUAACCCAGAUGGCAGUGACAGUGGGAGGGCUGCAGAGUCUUCAUCAAUAAGAGGCUGUGGAACUCGCCGUGAGGGGCUUUGUAGGAAGAACGUGUGUGUGUUUUUUUCGUAAUACCUUGGGAUGGAGAUUGAUGAGGAAAGCUGCAAAGUCUCCGUUGCUGGAGGCUGCAAGAAACUGGUUAAGAGAGUAAAUGUCUGUCAAAGAUGAUGGGGGCUUUGGUGAUGCUUUAUCGAGAAAAGGAAGGACUGGAUGACCUCAAGGAUUCAUAUUUCAGUUUGGCAUCAAAAUGGUGUUUAUUCUGUUAUAAUGGGGAGAAGUAGAGGUGUUUUCCCCAAAUUGAAUGGUGAUUGAUUUGAAGUAGAUACAAGUAAUUCUUUCAGCUGAAGAAAUCACUACAGAAGUAGUGAUGUGAGGAGAAUAUUAGGUUUGAAAAAUGACAACACAGAUUUUGCUACUGAAAAAUAUCUCAGCAUUUUUUUUAUUAUCACGGAUUAAAUACUAUCUUGUCAGUGCCCAAACUCUAGAAGGGGUAGAAAGGAGCUUCAUGAACAGUCAUUUUUGAGCACUUUGUUCCACUGGCCUAAUACAGGGUGCUCUGUGCUAGGAUGUUGUCACAGCACAGUUUCUGGAACACAGGCACUGGUUUGCUGCAUAUGCAUUUCCUGUUUUAUUAAACAAGGAGAUGUUUGGGUUGAGCUUAAGGCAGCCUGGGGAAUUCAGCGUUUGUUUGGGAAGGUGCUUGCAGAAGCCUGGUAGAGUCACAACGUACAGCACUGUAAAGCAAAAGCAAGCUGCCAGCAGGACCACAGGGCUGGUCUUCUCGCUCCGAGCUCGGUGCAGAAAAGUUCACAUGUAAUCAAGAAAAUCAAACCAUCCUAAUUCUUGAUAUGUCUUUAAUAAGUAGUUCAUGAGAUUUUGCAAAAUGAGCUUGUUAAGAAUAUUCAUGUUGUCCGUCGCGAAAAGUUCAAUGUGCUGAUAAACAGAGGUGCAGGGGUGCGAACGGUGUGUGAGAUGUUCGAGUUGCUCUCCUGUUUCUUCCAAAAGAAACUGGAGAGACACGAAUCCAGUCACACCGGGUCAUUGAGCCCCGCGUGCCCAGGCUCCUGGGGAGUAGCAGAAGACUGCAUGGAAGCUGCAAGGCAAAAAAUCAGCAGUACUGCUUCCAAAUGCUCCGCGCUUUGUAGCUCUGGAGUUUUCCGGCCCAGAGAGAUACUGCAUGUUUAGUACCUCUGCGAAUAUUAUUGAUGGAGAGUAGUUUGCUGAUAUUUUCUUGAAUGCACGUAAGCGUCCAGCAGGCACAGCGUUCUGUGUCAGGAACUUUUGCAGCUUAUCUUACGUGAAGACGUGCCUUGUGCUAGCAGCUGUUAGCCGCUGUCUGGUUCUUGUAAGGGAAGAGGCAGUGAGGACUUGAUCGAUCUCCUCCUCCUCUGUGACGUUGCAGAGCUCUGCGCUCUGUCUCCUCCCUGAACCGCUCCUUUUACAGGCUGGAAAGCACAUUCUGGCUGUUGUUCCUCACACCAAAUCCAUUCCAUAGCACAUUAGAUCACUGCAGUGGAUGCGAUCUGAUUUAUUAAAAGUAGCGAGCUGAUGGAACUCAAAGGCAGUGCAUUGGGUUUGCUGGUUUCAGUUCCAAAGGCUGUUUUUUUCUGUUUGUUUUUGAACUGUUUGUAUCCAAGUGCUUUGUUUGAGGUUUGAUAUCUCGUUCUUCUGAGCUCUGGGUGGGCAUGCAUGAAAUAGAUGUUCCCUGACCUUUGUCUUAAGUCACAAUGCACAGUUCUGAAAAUGUAGUAUUUUUUAAGUUAAAGAUUUUUUGGAUUGUUGUGCACAUUUCUCAAAAUAGAUGGAACUUGGAAGUCACAGCUGUGGAACGCUUGGACCCUAUUUCUAGGAUCGACCUGGGAUGCCAUCAGGAGCUCGAAUGCCCCAUCAGGGGGCUCCCAUGGGUCCCCCAGGCCCUCCAUAUGUUGGAAGCCCCUCGGUGAGACCUGGGAUGCCCCAGACUGUGAUGGAAACAACGAGAAAACGUACUGCACCACAGCAGGUCCAACAGCAGCAGGUGCAGCAGCAAGUGCAGCAGCAGCAGCAAGCUACUCAGAACCGAACCAGGAGUGCCAAGAGGAGGAAGAUGGCUGACAAAAUUCUCCCUCAGAGGAUCCGGGAGCUGGUUCCUGAGUCCCAGGCCUACAUGGAUCUGUUGGCUUUUGAACGCAAACUGGACCAGACCAUUAUGCGGAAGCGCGUGGAUAUUCAGGAAGCGCUGAAGAGGCCGAUGAAGCAAAAGCGGAAGCUGAGACUUUAUAUCUCCAACACAUUUAAUCCUGCAAAAUCUGACGCUGAUGACUCUGACGGCAGCAUCGCAUCGUGGGAGCUUCGAGUGGAGGGGAAGCUCCUGGAUGACCUCAGCAAACAGAAACGGAAGUUUUCAUCUUUUUUUAAGAGUUUAGUCAUUGAACUGGACAAAGAUCUCUACGGACCUGACAACCAUCUUGUGGAGUGGCACAGAACUCCCACAACUCAGGAGACUGAUGGCUUCCAGGUGAAAAGACCUGGUGAUGUCAGUGUGCGGUGCACGCUACUCCUCAUGUUGGAUUACCAGCCUCCGCAGUUCAAACUGGACCCACGACUGGCCCGUUUGCUGGGGAUACACACGCAGACCCGAUCAGCUAUCAUCCAGGCUCUGUGGCAGUACAUCAAAACAAAUAAGCUGCAAGAUUCCCAUGAUAAGGAAUACAUUAACUGUGACAAGUACUUCCAGCAGAUUUUUGACUGUCCACGGCUGAAGUUUUCUGAAAUCCCUCAGAGACUGACUAACUUGCUGCUGCCACCAGAUCCUAUCGUGAUAAACCAUAUCAUCAGUGUUGACCCCAAUGAUCAGAAGAAGACGGCUUGUUAUGACAUAGAUGUAGAAGUUGAAGACCCAUUAAAGGGACAGAUGAGUAGUUUUCUUCUCUCAACAGCUAACCAACAGGAGAUUACAGCAUUGGACAACAAGAUUCAUGAGACAAUCGAAUCCAUAAAUCAGCUAAAAAUACAACGUGACUUCAUGCUGAGCUUCUCCAAAGAUCCCAAAGGAUACAUCCAAGACCUUCUCCGGUCCCAAAGUAGGGAUCUUAAGGUGAUGACUGAUGUAGUUGGAAAUCCAGAAGAAGAACGCAGAGCUGAAUUUUAUCAUGAGCCAUGGUCUCAAGAGGCUGUGAGCAGAUAUUUCUACUGCAAGAUUCAGCAGCGCCGACAGGAACUGGAACAGUCUCUGGGAGUGCGCAACACAUAAGCAUUGCUCAAAACAUCACAUUGGCAUCAUGACCACAGAACAAGUGGACUCCCCAGUGUUACUUAGCUCACUGUUACACAUGGACCUGCUUCCUGACUGGCUGGGAAUGUACCAUCAACAAACCAGCCAGAACACCAGCUUUAGAGUGACCCUUGAAAACAGCGCCCAUGGGAGGUGUCUCAAAUCAUUCCAGGCCAUAGAUAGCAGAAGAUUGCCAUGCUUUAUACAGGUGUCAGUGCUAAAGAAGAUUAAAGAUUAAUUCAUCGACUUGCAUCAUUGAGUUCUAGUGGAAAGUUCAGACACUACGCAGCAAAUCCUUAUGGGUUAUGCAUAGAAUCACGGAUGGUAUUGAUGGGAGAAAUUGAGUUGAGUGUUAUAAAAGACUACAGAUUUAGAGAAAUAAAGGUAAUUCUCAUCCUGUGUUACCUAAGAGUCUCAAAUAGUAACUUCUCUGGAAUGAGACCAGAUAGUCUGAUAGUUGUGGAAUGCUUUAUAUUCCUGAAUAGAACUUUCAUUACAGUGCAAGGAGCCAUCAUGCUAUGUAAAAUAAUAAACUAGGAGAGUUUUCAUUCCUGAGAUGAAAAGCUCUUCUGGACAUUUAUUUUGCAAACUGUAACACGCUUCAUUUCCCUGCCAGUGCAAUGAAAGGCAAACAGGUUUCUGUAUCACAUGAGUAUGAUCAGUGUGCCAUACUGAGAGGAAGAAAUUUUUUCCAGAAUGAAAGCCUCUUAAGCAUUCUCAAGUGUCAGUGGGUUAGUGAAGCAGAAGUUGAAGCAAGAAAUAAGGCAACCUAAGAAAAUGCAAAUAACUAAUGGUGCUUUGCUGAUACCUGCCUUGAACACAGCAGAUAUUAACAAUAAGCCUAUGGGCAAAACAGGAGAUGACUUCAGCAUUUCUUUCUUUGUGUGCCACUGGAGAUGGAGACUGUAAAGAAGUUCUCUAAUUGUUAAGUUGGUUCAGAAUCCAAAAAACUUAACUUCAUGUAAUGUGGCAGUUUUCUCUUUGCUUCACUUAACAGAAUCCCUGGAUUGGUCUUCAGUCAUAGGUAAUCUGCCUUUUCCUACGGAUCAAUCAGUUCUCCCAUUCACUCUGUGUUGGUUACAUAGGAUGCUGUUGAAUUAUGAAGCACUAUCAGCCUUAGAAACCCCAUGGAAACCACCUUCUUUGCAAAUUCGUGACAAAUUCAGACAGUGGGAAUUACACCAGAUUGACUUGGGAGCAGAGACAUCUUCAUUAAGUCCUUCCCCCGUCCUGCUUUCUGUAGUGCAUAAAUUAGUUUGUCAUUAACGAACCAACAUGAUUUCUGGUCCAAAAAGCAGCUGCCAAAGUAUAACUGGGUCCUGAUGAUGUAGCACUCCAUAUCCUCUUCUAGGCUGCUCCUCUUCAUCUCCUUUCUUUCACUUUCUUGAAAUGAAAGUUCACGUGUGCAAGGAAUGGAGGCAGCUCUUUUAAGUAUUUAAUUUUGCUAUGCUAAAGUCCUCUUCUGCUGUCGUUGCCAAUUCUUUCAGAUUUGAAUGUAAACGUUUCUUCUGUCCAGUUACAGAAGACACAAGUCUUCCCUCCCAGUGCUUCAUUGAACACAUCUGCUUACAUGUUACCAGUGCCAUAGCUUUCACUGCCCAUUGUGACCAGAGGUGUCUCAGAAAAUUCACGCUUGAUUGCAGUCAUUUGUUGGCAGUAACACUGUGGAAAAACGUUGGUGUGAGAAAAAGCACAGCUGCACCUCUUUGCCCAAGGCCUUUUCCUGGGAAUGGCUUGGUUUGGAUUUAUUUUAUUUUAUUUUAUUUUAUUUUAUUUUAGUUAAAAACCCUUUUUACACUAAAACCUGAAAUCCAGCAGUCUCAAACUGAGUCUUGGUAGGGGCUGAGAGGUUGUCAGACAGUUAAUGACUUUAAAUCUUAUUUGCUGUAGGACUCUGCUAAUUGCACUACAAGCGAAAAUUAUGAAGGAAAACAGCGAGGAUCAUCUGUUACUGUGCUUCCAUAUCUGUUACGCUGCUGUGUCAGUUGUGUGCAUGCUGUCCAGUGUAAAAUUAUUUUCUGUAUGUGGAAAACAGAGCAGCUACAUUCAGGGGAUGCAUUUGAUCUCCAGGAAUAAUAAAUUCAGAAAAAGAUAAGUAGGGAUGUGAGAAGGGCACGAAGCUGGGAUAGGUGCCAUCUGCCAGGGGCUUUUGGUUUUGAGAACAUUGUCAUUUGAGUGGCAAAUAUGCCUUCAGAGAAAUUCCACUUACAUGCCUCAGCUGGCAAAAUAACUGAGUCUAAUCUACUCCUAGAAUCUCUCCUUAGAAUUAAUUAAUUGGAUGGGUUUUUCGGAGCAAAUUAAUGUAAGUAAUGUGUUGCUGCUGCCCAGCAGAGCCAGAACAGCACCACGGGAAGCUGCAGCUGUGUUACAGAGCAGCGCUGCACUGAAAUGUGUGCAGAGCAUGGCGUGUGCUGCUCCUGCGUGGGUCAGUGCAGCAAGAAAAGCCGCCUGCUUACAUUCUGCUGUCCGUGCUCCUACUGCACAUGAAAAGACUGCUCACCAAUGGUGAGUCCGAGGAAUAGUCGCCAGAUGUCGUCCUUCUGGUUAAAACACGUCUGAAAUGUUGAUACUUUUAUCCUGGGCGUAGAAGCAGUUUGGGCCGUUGUCAUCAUCCCGGGGUGUCGCCAGGGCUGGGUUUUUGGAAAAAGUGACACUGUAUUUGAGGAGAAGCAAUGGAACAACUCGGGUAGGAACUGGAGCAAGUGCAGCUUAGGCGUGUAAAAAUGAAAGUUAAUGGUAAUGAGCAGGCAUGUAAUUGCAGCAGAUUUUGAAUAAUAAAUUCAUCUUAGUCUCGAGACGAUGGUAUUUUUUGGCUGAAAAAGAAAAAGGCGAGAAAACUUUUGGGUUUCUUUGGUUUCUAUCACAGUACAAUACAAGUAAGUGCAUACCGCAAAAGUGAAUAGAGCAAAUAAAUCUGCACAGUAGUAGUUAGUUUAUAGGUGAUAAUAUAGAUUGUUAGAAAACAUAGCACAAAAUUAGGACAGAGUUAAAACAAUGUCUGGAAUGCAAUAAAAGGGAAAUGUAUCUUGAAGCUGAAAUGCUGGCAUAACAGCUAAAGGAAAAGCAAAUGUUUGAUUGUGGAAGAAAAAUACCAGGAUAGAGAGGAGAAUAGCACGACUGUAAAAGAAAGGAACAAAUGGGGGCAGAGUGCCACUGAAGUGCCGUUAAGACAAAGCACAGGAUAAUGUGCAGAGCAUUGCUGAAAGUAGCACAGCUGAUGUGGUUUUGUGUAUUUUGCGUGCAUGUGGUACGUGGGCAUCCAUGUCGGGGUCAGGUGUGAGAGCCAUCCUCAGCUGGAACGUGGCUUGGAAGCGGGCAGCAGGGCGCAGUUCUGUGUGUCACCUCGGAGACUCGUUGCCAAAACUUUUCGCACUGUUCUCAGUGGGGAUUUAGCUGUUCCACUUACCAGCACUAGCUGUUCUAGUGCGUGCGUGGCUUCAGCUGACAGCCUUUUAUAUCACACUGUAUAGAAUUUGUUCUGCUGAAGCUGGUGAAAGCGAAUUAUGUGCUACAAGCCCACAUUUUUCUAAAGCAGUAGUGAGGUGUUGAGUUGUUUUCCUGUUUGUGUUGAGAACCCUUUUUAUGGCAGCUCGAAGAGAUGAAGGGGAAAUGAAGACACUUUUUUUUUUUUUUCCUGAAGAAAGAGAUGUCCUUUCUGUAACUGCUCUGUUGUUUAAUAGGAUGUACCUGUUCUACCAGAUCCUGUAUCAUCAACUCUUUUCCCAAUCUCACUGAAGAAAAGUACUCCAUUUAAAAAACACAGCUGUGAAUUUGUGAGCAAGCAAACAUAUUCAUGAGGGGAGAUGGAAGAGAGACUCCAUCUAUUCUGUAGCCAUCGUGUCUUCACUGUAUGAUGAUGAGUGAGUGGUAGAAAAGCUUUUAACAAUAAAUGCUUUGUUUCUUUGUAA